AUGCUCUGCCUCAAGCCACUUUCUAUCCUCUUUGCCUUCUAUGUGGCCCUUGCCUGUUGCCUCCCAGCGCAAGCAGCGCCCCUCGACUCUCUCGCAGCUCGCGCACCCGAGCGUGCUGCGGACGAGUUGAGCAAGUUGUUGGAGAUUGCUACGGAUGGCAAGCUCGUGCCGUUCAAGCUCUACUAUCAAGGCCAAAUCGACGUUGGCACGCAGUUUCACGACCUCUGGAACUCCAUCAACAACAUCACCCUUUGGAUCGAUGAGAAGCCAGGAUUCAAAGUGCGCGGCGCACGCGCCUUGCAGGUCCUCGGACACGCUCACAUACAAAACUAUCACCUUUUCGCUACGGACCUGAUCAAGGAUGAGGUGUACAUCAAGGUUCGCGCUGCCCUACACGAUCUCGAUUUGUUCCAGGAGGUGUCCAAGCUGCUGAGCGUCUGGCAAGCCGUCGUUGGCGAACUGUUACCCUCAGUUCCUACCGAAGAUCCAGCUAGCAAGGAUUGGGUAAGCAAGCUGAAUGGCAUCGUCGCAGAUCUGCAGACUGUCGUGGACAAACAUGAUCCGACCAGAACUCUCCCUCCUCUCGUCAGCGGAGGAACGUGGUGA